UGGGUUUUUUAACUCCCAUGCAGGUAUUCAGCCAGGUGAAGGCCACGCCCCCUGUUAGCUGAUUUAAAGGAUUCCCGCAGGGAUCAUAAACACACACCGGACCACAACCCACUGAACAAAGGAACUUUUCUGCAACUCAACAUUUGACUUUUACAGUUCAAGAAUGGAACGAGGAUGGAUCCUGUUGGUUGCUGCAGUGGGGGUUUACGUGGCCUCGGGUGUCCAAGGAAUUCCUAACUUGUCAUUUUCCAAUAAUACACAGGUGAACAUCUCUAAAAAUGGUUGUGGAGUCACCAAACUAUGUGUGCAGACACCAGCCAACUGUGAUCCAGCUGGAAACACCAGCUGUUUGUUUGCAUCUGUGAUCUCUAGCACCCCAGUUGCACCCAACGGCUCUGCAAUGUCCUUCCAACUCAGGGGAGAGUCCGUGGGAUACAUCGCACUGGGACUCACUGUAAAUGCUUCACAGGGUACCACCAUGCUUUUCAUCUGUGCUCAAAACAGCUCCAACAAUGGGAGCUUCUUCUUCCAGACGAUGGAUCAGAACAACACCAACGGCGUUCUCACUCCAACUGAUAGGAUAACAACAGAAAUCCGUGGCAUUGUAAACAGAAAUGUGAUCAAGUGUGAGUUCAAUGUCCCAAACGUGAACGCCUCCAAAACUCGAAUCACCAGCCCCACCACCUUCUCCCUCCUCCUCGGGACUGGGACUAUUACUGGAAAUGUUCUCGGCCCCUUUAACAUCUCCCUGAACAGCGGCCUUCUGAACCUCGCAAACCCAGCCAGCAACGUCCCCACCACAGCACCACCAACGGUCCACACAACGGCCAGCAGCAGUGGAGCUGUCCAGCCUCACGCCAUGCUGCUCCUGUUGAGUGUCCUCACACUACACGUCCUGCUGAGAGCCUGAAAGGAAUAUUGAGUUCAGUUCGCUAUGAUGAACAAUGAAUACAAUGAAGGCAGAGGAGUUGAGAGGUGUCGAG